UGGCUAGCUAGCUAGCUAGCUAGCUAGCUAAUUCAUUGGUCAUAGCUAGCUACCAAUCCUUGGAUAGGUGAUGUCUUGCCAGAAAGCUUGCUGGUUACGUUGGUUUGGCAUACCCUGUUUGUGUCUUUAAAUGGCUUCCAUCUUUUCUAGUCAUGUUGGCAUGGGCAGUGUUUUGGCUGCCAGUUCCCCAAGCCCUCCAGUGCCCCCUCCGGGCGGCAGUCCUGGUGCGGCAGGCCUUGUGUCUAUGCCCCCGGGCUUCACCAUGCCCCCUGUGUCACCGGUCUCACCCACUGGAGCCCCCACAGCCGAGUCUGAGGAGACUGAUCCCCCGCUGCCCAAUCCGGGAGCCUUUGAGGAGUGCCACCGCAAGUGCAAAGAGGUCUUCCCCAUGCAGAUGGAAGGAGUGAGACUCACGGUUAACAAGGGACUUAGCAAUUAUUUUCAGGUGAAUCACACCGUCAUGCUGAGUACCCAGGGUGAUUCCAGUUACAGAUUUGGCGCCACCUAUGUGGGCUCCAAGCAGAUGGGUCCUGCUGAGUCCUUCCCGGUGAUGGUGGGUGAUAUGGACAACAGUGGUAGUCUAAAUGCACAGGUCAUCCAUCAAGUCACAGAGAGAAUACGUUCCAAACUGGCCUUCCAGACACAGCAGCAGAAGUUUGUCAACUGGCAGGGAGAUGCCGAGUUCCGAGGCAAAGACUUCACAGCUGCCAUGACAUUUGGUAACCCAGAUGUGCUGGUGGGAUCUGGUAUUAUUGUAACCCACUAUCUGCAGUCCAUCACUCCAUCUCUGGCUCUGGGGGGAGAGAUGGUGUAUCACCGGCGGCCUGGAGAGGAAGGCACAGUCGUGUCUCUUGCUGGCCGCUACACAGGCAACAACUUUAUUGCCACAUUGACACUAGGGGGCGCUGGAGCGCAUGCAUCCUAUUAUCACAAGGCUAAUGACCAGCUCCAGCUAGGCGUGGAGUUUGAGGCCAGCACCCGAAUGCAGGACACCAGUGUGACCUUCGGCUACCAGCUGGACGUGCCGAAAGCAAACCUGCUCUUCAAGGGCUCAGUAGAUAGUAACUGGGUGGUGGGGGCGGCGCUGGAGAAGAAGCUGCUGCCGCUGCCUCUGUCUCUGGCCCUGGGAGCUUUCCUCAACCACCGCAAGCACAAGUUCCAGUGCGGCUUUGGCAUCACCAUCGGCUAGAGGAGGCCACCCUGGUACAGCCACCUCCAAACCUCAAGGACUCUCGGGCACUCAGCUGCCCCUCUGACUGACUGACUGACAGACAGACAGACAACUAGACAGGACAGAUGCAACCACAACCACAUAUUGACCGUACAAACUGGUAGCAAAGUCUCUCUCUGAUAGUGCUGCCCCUCCCUCCCUCCCCCCACCCCAACCCUAAAGCUGUUUCGUCUCCAAACCCAUGGGCAGAGCUCCGUCAUUGCAACAUCUCUUUUUAUUUUGCCCCCCACCCUCCUCAAGGAGCCCUAAAGAUGUGAAGGAGACCGCCAUCCUCUUAUUCUUCUUAUUGGUUGCAGUACUACUGGGGACUUUAAAUUCAGCGAAAUGAGAGUAAUAUUGCCUGCACUCUCAAUGUGUCAAGGACCUGACAUUAUGUCUGCAACUGUCCCUGUAAUGAAUGGAUAUGUACUACUGUGAUCAGAGGGUCAGGUUGGGAACAACCAGGGAUGGGAUCAGACAGAUUGAAGGCUGGAGAUUUUACAGCAAGGAGCUCAACUACAUACACCUACAAAAUCUGAUAGUUAGAGUAAAACACACUCACACACACGCAUACAUACCAGAUGCUGUCCAGUUACAUCAUUUUUAGUAUAACAGUUUUGUUAUCUGUUUCAUCAGAUUUUUUCAGUCUGGUUUUUUUUCCCCUCCUAUUUUUUUGUAUUGUUUGACCUUGUGCUCUGCAAUGUUCUACUGGUAGUUUGAUUUUUACAAGCUUUUUUUUCCAUCAUGGCAAAUAUAUAUGACCUUAUACAUAAAUAUGUAUAAAUAUAUAUGUUACCUGUACAUAUCUGUUGGGGAACAAAGAUAAAUGCAGUUUCUUAUCAA